AUUCUCUUUGAAUGUUUAAAACUUUAACCGGUUCCAAACACAGCUGUGCUUAUAUAAAAAGCCAGAUGCGCUAUCAUUGUAUCUUAGUUGGAAACUGGACAUUUACAAUGAGUUAUGUUGUCAUUUACAGACAAACAAAAAAAAAGUUGGUUACAGUGCUAUACGCUUAAUGACAGACGAGAUCAGAAUGGAAAUUUGGAACUAGUUAAAGACUUUAUAAAUCCAAUCCAUGACUCCAACAUAAUAAAAUAGACCAGUGUACAUGAAAGCAGCUGUUGUUUUUGAGUUCCUCGAUGGCUGUUUUCCCAUUAGUUUUCAUUACUUACGAGACCGAAUGGGUGCCAAUGAUAUAAUUUGAUGAAUACCAGAAAGGUAAAUGUUCUUGGCAAGUGUAUGGACAGAAUUGUUGAAAAACCGUGGAAGGUCUUAACCUUGGGUGAAAGCCUGUUGUCCCAGUCACAGUAGUAAGGAUCAGUAGCCGACAGAGCAAUCAGUGCAUAGUAUCAUUGAUAAAGAAUCGUUAUGCUUUUCGUGUGUGUGCUUGUGAGUGUAGCAUACAAUUUUUUUUCUUACAAGAACGUGCCGUCUAUUCGCACUAGAUCCAGUGGAUCCAGAUAGCUCAGAUAUAAAUGAAAAUACUGUCAUUAACGAAAUUAUAGCUAGUAUCACGUAACUGAUUCUGAUGGCUGCUCGUGGAUGUGGGCAGGUCCACACAGCACCCGGAUGUGCAUCUAGUCUAGCGGCAGGCUUCAAUAUUGUAUCCUGGAUUUGUGCAGUCGGAAUAAAACAAUAAUGUGGACGUCCGAAGCCUGAAAGCACUAUGCCGUCGUCUUAAAAUUUAGCGUUUUCAAUUAACCCAAAGCAUGGAGGACGAUCUGGUGUCAGAGGAUGAUAUUUUGCUCCGGUCUGAGAAGGAGUUUCAUGAUGCAGUGAGGAGGAAUGACACCGACAAAAUGCAAGAACUGAUGAAAAAAGGGGUUGACAUCAAGGCCAAAAACAAAAUCGACCGGAAGGCUCUGCACUGGGCCGCGGGAAUGGGAAACGAGCGAGCUCUGAGGCUGCUGCUGGACCACGACACUGAGGUGGACGUUGAAGAUAGCUUUGGUAUGAACGCUCUGUUGCUGGCAUCCUGGUUCGGGCACCUCAAGAUUCUCCAGAUCCUGGUAGCAUCUGGAGCAAAGCUAAACUGUGUAAACAAAAAAGGCUUAAAUCUCCUGCACUGUGCUGCUCAGAGGGGUCACAUUAAAGUGCUUGAGUUCAUUAUGGAAGACCUGGAGGACGUGCAACUGGACAAGAGGGACAAGUCUGACAGGACGGCACUUCAUCUGGCCGCAGAGCAUGGACAACUGGAAAUAGUGGAGUUCCUCAUUGGAUUCGGCUGUGGCCAUGGUCUCAAAGACAAGGAGCUGAACACUGCACUACAUUUAGCUGCCAAGCAUGGACACGACAGGGUGCUGCAAAAGAUUCUGGAGACCGGCGUGGACAUCAAUGAGAAAAACAUUGAUGGAUUGACAGCCUUGCACUUCUGCGCUGAUGAAGGGUAUUAUGACUGUGUCAAACUGCUCUUGGAGUCCUACUGUGACAUCAAUGCUCUAACAAAUAAGAAUACGAAUGCCCUCCAUUACGCUACCCAACACGGCCAUGGAAAAGUGGCAAGACUGCUGGUGGACCACGGAAUCAACACGGACGCCGUGGACAGUCAACAUGCUACACCUCUUCAUAUGGCCGUGUUCUUCAACUAUGCAGAGAUAGUGAGGCUACUAAUUGAUGCGGAUUGUGACCUGGACAUUCCAGAUAAUAGGCAACAGACAGCCUUGCACAUAGCAGCGGAGCAUGGACGCCAGGACAUUGCUGAAAUGAUCCUCAUUGCAGGUGUCAACUUGAGACUGAUGGACAAGCAAGGAAAGACGUCACUGGAGGUAGCCGCUAGAGGAAACCAUGUCAACUUAGUGGACAUGAUCAUCAAAGCUGACAGGUUUUAUAAGUGGGAAAAGGACAACAUGAACAGCGACUCGGACUCCUGGGAGGGCAGGCACCUGACCUUCAAGCAGGAUCACCACCUGGAGACGCAGCACAUCCGCUCCGUCCUGUGGAGGCUGGCCACCAAGUACCUGAAGCCCGGCGAGUGGAAGCAGCUGGCCCAGUUCUGGAGGUUCACAGACGCUCAUAUUCGGGCCAUCGAGCAGCAGUGGACAGGCACAAAAAGCUACAAGGAGCAUGGACACCGCAUGCUUCUGAUCUGGCUACAUGGUGUGAAAAUGGCUGAGGAGAAUCCCAUCAAGGGCCUGUAUGAAGGGUUAGUGGGGAUCUCCAGAAGAGACUUAGCAGAAAGCAUACGACAGAAGGCCAAUGCAGAUUCAAACUCCCCAAAGAAAUGCUCAGUCAUGUGAGCAAGCGUUCCCUACAGACACAGAGGGCUGCUUCAUGAACCAAUACCAUCGCUGUUACGUCACCGAACUUUGAGAGGGAAAACAACAAAACGACUGUAGUUUGAAUAAAACAGUUAAGACACCAGGAUAAAAACUUAAUUGUAUACCAGUUUUCUCAAAGUUAUGUGACCUUUCUUGGAAGAGCGUUUCAGGCAUUUCAAAGGAAAUCCAAAUGAAGAAAAGAUGCAGACAGGAAAAACACAGUGCCAUUGAAGUGGAAUUUUCCACAGGGUCCUCCAAAUCUCCAUCUGAAAGGGCUACUACUGUACGUGCCAUUCCACAGGCACUUCUGUCCACUCACUGUCGAGCUACAAGCACAUUUUCUACAAAGACAAGGAAUGCAUCUGUGAUUAUUUUCUUACUCUUGGUGACAGGCUUUGUUCUGACCUUCUCCAUAGGACUUUUCAGCUAUUUUUUAAAACUGACGUUUUUCUCCAUCUUACACUGAAGAAUGUCAACUUGAAUGGAGCAGCCUGUCUUUUUAAUCCGGUAAUUUAAUACAUUUUAACUGAGCAAAAUAGCUGGAUGCUGACAAAUCCUUUAGCCUUACACCCCUCAUAUUUAUACCUGUAUCUGUACCCUGAAUUCUGACUACUGUCUACCCUACCUGUAAUAUCAUGUGAGUACCUGUCUAAAUGAAAUUACAGUCUAUGCAGAACUAUUAUAUUUAAGAUACACCCAUUACAGAGUUUGACAACAAACUGAUGUCAUACUUCGACAGGGUUUCAAUGCAAUAAAUGUUUUCUGUACAAAAAUGACCUUUUUCAUACAACUGUUAAUAUUAGCAGGUUUCAUGAAGACAAAUGCAUGUCCUUUCCAUGACAAGCAAGAAUUGCCUCAACAAAGAAAAAUAAUGGACCUUUGGACCUAAGUACCAGGCUUCUGAGUUUGUUCUUUUUCUGUCCUUAAAAGGAUUUGAUUUUUCUUUUCAAUAAAACUUUUUUGUGCACUGA